UCCUCUGCGGCAUUGUGGUGACCGGUGGGCAAGUCUUCGCCAUGUCCUCCCACAAGACAUUCAAGAUCAAGCGGUUUCUUGCUAAGAAGCAGAAACAGAACCGGCCCAUACCGCAAUGGAUCCGUAUGAAAACUGGCAAUAAGAUCAGAUACAACUCCAAAAGGAGGCACUGGAGAAGGACCAAGCUUGGCCUGUAAAGAGAAGCGGCUCCAACCCUCGUGACACGUUUUGUCCUGCGUCGAGACCUCAGACGGCCCUUUGCUACCAAUCUGCCAUGGCCGUGUUUUCAAAGCCGACUCACGUUGUGCAUAUUUUCUUUUAGAAACCUUUAUUUUUCACAACGAGUUUUUUGAAAGAAUUGAAACCAAAUAAUGGAAAGCUUUGUAUGCAAUUAGCGUCCUUUUAGUUCUCAGUGCAUCUGUGUGUGAGGAAUUCUUGUUGUGGGUGGAGAGAGGUUCAUUAAUAAAUAUGAGAUUGCACACAGUC